UUGCCAAGCAUUGUUUUAAAACAAGAUUAAAACGCCUUUCUUUUGAAAAAAUGUCUGCUGUUGAGUAGGAAACGGAAGUUGCUGAUUUCUGCGCAUGCGCAAAUGUACGUAGAGCGAAGCAAAAAGAGCAAGACCGCAUGCUAUGGUUGUUCGGAGAAUCUUCGAAUUCACGAUCUUAAAGUCUUAUGAAUCACAGCAAAUAUAGCAACAAAUGUCUCAAAUCGUAUUUACCAAAGCCACAAAACGUGCAUUGAGUUUGGAGUGAUAUCUGAAGUGAAGAUUGAAGACGUGAUAGAAGAUGGACGACUACUGCUAUGCUAAGAUGGCGACGUCAUGUCAAAGAGAAAGUGAAAGAGAAUCAGCGCCACCAACGGAGAACAAUCUGAAAAGCGAAGAUGAAGGCGUGGAAUCUUCCUCAGCGUUCUCCUUCCUGGACUCCGACUUCACAUCUGGUGUUGUCCUUCAGACCUCGACAAAGAAGCCACCUCAACAGUGGCAAGAAUGAGGGCGAUGAGAGUGAAUACGUCCAGCAGCUGAUCGGUAAUCGGGAAAAAGUUUCCCCUCAGUCAGGGGGGAGCUCCACUUUGAAGCAGGAGACUCCACAACAACCCUGCAUUAAAAAGGAAGAGGAGGAACUCUGCAUCACUCAGGAGGGAGAGUGUCUUCUAGGACGAGAGGAAGCUGAUUACACCAAGUUUCCACUGACUGUUGUCUCUGUGAAGACUGAAGAUGAUGAAGAGAAACCACAAGUAGACAACCUCUUAGCUCCACUAUCAGUUAGUGAGGCUGAAGACGAGGUUGAAGAACCUUUGAGCAGCGAUACAGACUGUGAAGGUGAUAUGAGGACUCACACUGACAACAAACACUCUGAAUGCUCUUCAAAGAAGAGAGGUAAAACAUAUUUGAGCUGCUCAGUUUGUGCUGAAAGUUUUACUAAAAAUUGCGAUUUGACUCAACAUAUGAGAACACAGACAAGUAAAAAUACAUUUAUUUGUUCAGUUUGUGGGAAAAGCUUUUCUCAAAAUACCUCUUUGACUCAACACAUGAGAAUACACACAGGUGAAAAACCAUUUAAUUGUUCAGUUUGUGGCAACAACUUUUCUGUUAAGAGAUAUCUGACUGAACACAUGAAAACGCACACAGGUGAAAAACCAUUUAAUUGUUCAGUGUGUGGCAACAGCUUUUCUCAAAAAAGCUCUUUGACUCAACACAUGAGAACACACACAGGAGAAAAACCAUUUAAUUGUUCAGUUUGUGGCAAAAGCUUUUCUCAAAAUUUCUCUUUGACUCAACACAUGAGAACACACACAGGUGAAAAACCAUUCAAUUGUUCAAUUUGUGGGAACAUCUUUUCUUUUAAGGGCAGUUUGAUUGAACACAUGAGAACACACACAGGUGAAAAACCAUUUAAAUGUUCAGUUUGUGGCAAGAGUUGUUCUGUCAAGAGAUAUCUGAUGGAGCACAUGAGGAGUCACACAGGUGAAAAACCAUUUAGCUGUUCAGUUUGUGGCAAAAGAUUUUCUUUUAAGGGCAGUUUGAUUGAACACAUGAGAACACACACAUAUGAAAAGCCAUAUAAGUGUUCAGUUUGUGGGAAAAGCUUUUCUGUUAAGAGAAUAUUGACUCGACACAUGAGAACACACAGGACUAAGACCGUUUAAUUGUUCAGUUUGUUGUAAAAGCUUUCCUCAACACAGCUCUUUGUGGCGACACAUGAGGAAGAACAUUUAGUUGUUCAGUGUGCUGUAAAAGGUUCCCACAUAAUGCAGACACAGUAAAACACAGAAGAACACACAAAAGGAAAAUAAGCAAUUAGCUGUUUAGUUUGUGGUAUGUUGCUCAUAUGUGGUGAUAUCCACCCUACCCAGGACCUCCUCACUGCUUCUUUCACAAAUAUCUGAUGUGUUCAUACUAACUUGGAUUAUUUGGAGCAUAAUAUUAUCCACUCAUGACCCCAUGUCUUCUCUGAAUCUGAAACCUUCCUGAACAGUAAGAUGGAUGAUGCUUCAAGUGCUUGGUUACUCCUUCUUCAGUCCAGGGACCUGGGGCCUCAUGUAUUAAGUUUGUGUACAGGGUCAAAAACCUGCACUACAACCUUUUUCACUGCAAAGUUGAGAUGUAUCAAAAAUAAUGUUGACGCAUAAGUGAUGCUGGGUAACUGUUUGCAUAAAAAGUGCCAACGUUUACUCCUCAGACUGAUUGAUGUGCAAAUCAGAGACAUGUGAACAAUUAACCCCCAACACCCACAACCCAACCCCCACCUCCCUCGACAUUCGGACAUAACAGGUUCAAUCCGGCCCGCGAGAUGAGUUUGCGAAGUGUAAAAUUCAGCUGCAUUUUUUAAUGAAAGAAACUGCUAUUUUAAAUGUGUCCACUGGAUGUCGCAAUAGCAAUUCUGUUAGGCAAGCAAGGGGCGAGCAAGUAUACCAAGCAAGAGGUACACGGUAAAGUGGGCAUUUGUGGAAAUGACAAAGGAGGUAGUCCAAACAUAGAAUAUUUUUUAUUUGCGCUUUUUUAUUUUUUUUGUUCCAUCCUAGAUGGGCUGUGACUUAAAGUUGAAUUGCUUUGUAGAAACACUGAGAUUUAUUUUAAGUUCAAUGUGUUUUUUUAAAAGGCACCUUUUUUCCCUUCUAAAUGUUCAACUAACUUGAAGGGUUUUGUCAAGAUGAUUUUUUUUAAAUUAAUUUAAUAACCAAUCCAACAAAACAAUGCAAUCCAAUUCCAAUACCAAACCCAACCCAGCAACACUCAGAACUGCAAUAAACAGAGCAAUUGAGGACACACAAAACAUGACACGGUAAAAUCCAAAAGUAGUGGGAAAAAAAUUAAUAUUAGCAAUAUUAGUAAGAAUUUCAAAAUAACAGUGAUUAAAAAUCCCUUAUUGAUAUUAUCAAUGAGGGAUUCCGCCCGAUUGUAGCUGAGAUAGGCAACAGCGCCCAUCGCAACCCCAAAGGGGAAUAAGCGGUAGGAAAUGGAUGGAUGGAUAUUAUCAUUAAAAACAUUAAUACAAAAAAAUUUAAAAAAUGAACAAUAGUGUCAGAGUGGUUUACACUUGCAUCGCAUCUCAUAAGCUUGACAACACACUCUGUCCAAUAUUUCAAAUAUAUAAUAAGUAUUAUUUUGGUUCAUUUGAUACUUAAAACAAAUAUAAAUAAUGGAUCCCAUAUUCCAGGGGUCGGGAACCUUUUUGGCUGAGAGAGCCAUGAAAGCCAAAUAUUUCAAAAUGUAUUUCCGUGAGAGCCAUAUCAUAUUUCUUCAACACUGAAUACAACUAAAUGCGUGCAUUUUUAAGUAAAACCGACAUUUUUAGAGUAUAAUAAGUCUUUUAGUCUUUUUCAUAACAUCGUUAUUCUGAAGCUAACCAAUAAUAAAUCAAAUGUCAUGUCUGUUGAUCAUGUUUUUGUUUGGCCAUGUGCUGUUUGUCUUUUGGACUCUUUAAGUUCCUGUUUUUCUUGGUUUCCUUGGUUACUCGUUUUGUCCACCUGUCUCUGGUGGACAAAACCCCCGCUCACCUGCUUCCCGAGCACUAAUCAGAGGCAGUAUUUAAGCUUGUCUUUGCCAGUCAGUCGCCCUGGCGUCAAUGUGAUCUUUUCUUGCUCUGUGCUGACUUGUUUCAUGCCUUGCCAUAGUUUCGUGCUUCAUGCCAUGCCAAGUAAGUUUUGUUUGAUUUAUGUUCAUAGUCUGUUUAUGCGUUAGCUUUCUUCUUCCAAGUUGUGCCUCCGCUGUGAGCGAUUUUUGUUUGUAUCUUUUUUUUUAGUUAAAAUUAAAUCAUGUUUUUACCUAAAUGCCAUGUCCCAAGUAGUCUGUCUGCCUUCCUGGGAGAACGACCCCGAUCGUGACAUAAAAUACUUCUUACCAUUAAUGCGACUUCUUGAACAGGUGCGGUAGGAAACGGAUGGAUGGAUUUAAAUGCAUGAGAAUGUUUAAUAUUUUGAACUUUAUUUUUAGCACUGUGAAUUCCAGCGGAAUUAUUCAUAAUUAUCGUGUUAAGCAAUGUCAGCUAAGAUUGAUCUGAGAGCCAGAUGCAGUCAUCAAAAGAGCCACAUCUGGCUCUAGAGCCACAGGUUCCCUACCCCUGCCAUAUUCCAAUAUAUGACUCAAAAUUAUCUAAACUAAAUGCAGUUUUUUCUACUGAUAUCAUCUAGAUAGGGCUUCACGGUGGCAGAGGGGUUAGUGCGUCUGCCUCACAAUACGAAGUUCCUGCAGUCCUGGGUUCAAAUCCAGGCUCGGGAUCUUUCUGUGUGGAGUUUGCAUGUUCUCCCCGUGAAUGCGUGGGUUCCCUCCGGGUACUCCGGCUUCCUCCCACUUCCAGAGACAUGCACCUGGGGAUAGGCCCCUCCCACCUCCAAAGACAUGCACCUGGGGAUAGGCCCCUCCCACCUACAAAGACGUGCACCUGGGGAUAGGUUGAUUGGCAACACUAAAUGGUCCCUAGUGUGUGAAUGUGAGUGUGAAUGUUGUCUGUCUAUCUGUGUUGGCCCUGCGAUGAGGUGGCGACUUGUCCACGGUGUACCCCGCCUUCCGCCCGAUUGUAGCUGAGAUAGGCGCCAGCGCCCCCCGCGACCCCGAAAGGGAAUAAGCGGUAGAAAAUGGAUGGAUGGAUGGAUCAUCUAGAUAGCUAAAUGGUAAAUGGGUUGUACUUGUAUAGCACUUUUCUACCCCCUUUUUUUAAGGAGCCCAAGGCGCUUUGAUAUUAUUUCCACAUUCACACACACAUUCACACACUGACGGCGGGAGCUGCCAUGCAAGGCGCUCACCAGGACACAUCAGGAGCAAGGGUGAAGCGUCUUGCCCAAGGACACAACGGACAUGACUAGGAUGGUAGAAGGUGGGGAUUGAACCAGUAACCCUCAGAUUGCUGGCACAGCCACUCUACCAACUUCGCCAUGCCGUCCCCCGUAGCUUGUGUAUACUUGUCAGUAUGAGUUGGACUAUCAACAACUAUCCUUUUUUUUUUUUAAGUAAUACCCUUUUUGUUAUUAUGCAUAUUGAAGUGAACUAUAUUUAUAUAGCGCUUUUCUCUAGUGACUCAAAGCGCUUUACAGAGUGAAACCCAAUAUCUAAUUUUUACAUUUAAACCAGUGUGGGUGGCACUGGGAGCAGGUGGGUAAAGUGUCUUGCCCAAGGACACAACGGCAGUGACUAGGAUGGCGGAAGCGGGAAUCGAACCUGCAACCCUCAAGUUGCUGGCACGGCCACUCUACCAACCGAGCUAUAAGAAAUGCAUUUUUACUCUUUGAUGACACGUUACUAAAUUGAUGGAGAGCCCCAAGAAUACCAGUUUGCAGUUUCAUUGGGAUGUUUAUAUUAAGGAAUGUGAUUUCUUCUUUAGUUUUUUUCAACCAUAAAAAAAAAAUUAAAAAAGAUGAUUAUUUGUGAUAUGUACAUUUUCAGAAUGUGUUUGUUCUGUUUUUGACCAAAGUAAAAUAAAGAAAAUAAUCUGAA